AUGUACGCCUGGCACAUUCAAUCCGUCUCUAGGGUCGUCUGGCUGCCUAUCCCGCACCUCCUGCCAAUCGUGCAACGCCGGUUCGUCCUCGCCGUAUGGCUCGUCUUUCUGCCAGCAAUGCUCGCCAGGCUUCGUCGCUGCGGCUGGUUCAUCACCCUGUUAUCAAUGCUCGGCGGGAACGGCACCCUCUCCCGAUCGGGCCAGGUGCAAUCCCUGUCAAGCUGGGAUGUACAGCGGACAAGGGUUCACCUCAUGCUUGACAUGCCCGCCUCGCUCUUACUCUACCCUGCAGGGGAGUGCAGGCUGUUUGCAAUCCGGGAUCUAUCGCCAAUGCCGCCCAUACGGGCUGACAAGACGCAUGUGCCGCCUGUCCUGUCGGAUCAAUCGCCAACCCCUCUCACACUGGCUGUACUACCUGUCCUGAAGGUUUCGUCCCCUCCCCGGGUCAAGAUAGCUGUACUGCAUGCCCGGCGAAUACCAUACCCGACCAAGCAAACCCUGGUACUUGCGCCAGCUGUCCGACCUUCUACACUUCCGCACCGGGAGACACCACCUGCACUCCUCCUUCCGGCGUAUCCCCGAAAGCUCGCCGGAAGCGAUCCGCCCAGUCAAUACAGGCCGAAUUUGACGCUAUGA